GCUGUAAUUGCAUCUUAUCGUAACGUAUCGUAUCGUAUCGUAUCGUACGCGCAUCUACUUUGCAAAUCACCUUUUGAUGUCACGAUAAUUAUUGACAGACAAAUUGUGGGCUUCGAAAGUAAUCAAUAAAUAUGCCCAAUGGUAAAUUACUUGAUUUACAUUGAUUGAUUGGCUGGCUGGUUUGCUUGCUUGUGCGAACGAAACCGAUGAUAAGGCGAAAAUUGCGAUAAUAAAGGGCGAAGAAAGUGCACAUAGCACAAGGCCGAUAAUAACCGACACCGACCAAACGAACGAACGGAAGAGUGUUUCAAACGAGUGUUCCAAAACGUGAAUAGUUCAAUCAUAGUGUGUGGUGAUUAAUUUGUAACUAUGCUCAUUAACAUUGUCAUAAUUUACCUGUUCCAUUCAACAUCAGCCCUCUUUCAUCAUCACAAAGCGCUGCCACACACGAGAAUUCAUGUGUGUCUAACGCCACCGAAUACAUUGCUAAAGGUGCAAAAGCAUAUAAUUGAGUGUCAGCACGAGGUAAAAUCCAAUAUUUUCAACGAAGCGUUUAGUUUGAUAAACGAUCACGCUUUUCAUCAUCCGGACGAUCAUACGUCGAUUCAUCUGUCCGGUCACGAUGACUUUGCGCAUCGGAAUUUUACACUAACCGAACAGGAGAUUCUGACAUUUUUUGAAAAUCAUGGACAUCCCAGCCACGGAACCCAUGGAACCCAUGGAGCGGCGGGUCAAAUGACUUUCGGUAGUGGACCGCUCGGCUCGUCGAUCGAUUUAUCACAUGAACAUGACUCAGAUGAGCAUGAACAACCGAUUCAUACCGAUUCAGAUCAACCUAUUCAUGAUAACCCUAUUCAUGAUCACCCUAUUCAUGAUCUACCGGCUCACGAUCCAAUUGUACAUCAUCCAAAUCCACAUCCUUACGGUUGGCAACAUCCAUAUCCAAUCGAAAGCUUUUAUAAGAAAACGGAUGCCGUUCAAUUGAAUAACAAUCCCGAAGAAGUGCAACGCUUGACACGAACCCCAACAGCCAAAAAUCCAUACACAUAUUUCAAUCCAAAAACCGGCGAACCCGUGAAAAUAGGUGCUGAUCGACCACGUCGAUCCGUGCAUGAGCUCGAGAUUCAUGCCGAAACACACACGGAUGAAAUACAUCCGACGACAGCAUCAUUCAAAGAUAAACGUAUCGCUGGAUGCUUGAUGCAUUGCUUAUAUGAAAAAAAUCAUGCUAUCGACCCACAUACCGGUUACCCAACCUUAGAUGGUCUAGUAAACUUCUAUUCGGAUGGUGUGCACGAGCACGGAUUUUUCAUGACAACAUUGCGGGCCGUUGACUUUUGCUUGAAAGGCGCUUCCCAUAAAUACCACAUAAAUCGUCAUGUUAAGCCAAGUGCGGGUGUUAGUUGCGACCUGGCAUUUGAUAUUUUUGAUUGUGUUAGCGAUCAAAUAACCAGCUAUUGUAGUAAACAUCAUUUUCAUGGUGAUCAUUUUGUAAAAGGACACCACCUAUCAUCGGCGCCGCUGCAUUCACACGAGCAUGUCAUCGAUCCACAUUAUCCGUCGCAUCAUCAUGGGCAUAUUGACGAUGAAUACCGCUACGAUGAUUCAUACUAUUACAACUAGAAGA